GCCGCCCGCUUCGACCCCAGCUGGCCGGAGGCAAGGGUGCAAAGCCCCCACGCGCACCUCGCCGCAAACUGCGCGCCACUCGGGCCGCUUCCACAGCUAGGUCGAGGUGGCGAGGCCAGCGCCCAUUGGUCCACCACAGUCCUCCACCCGCCUCCUCGCCGCGUUUAUUGGCCGGAUCCGCUGCGCCCGCUCGGUAGGCGGCGGCGCCGACCCUCCCACGCGCUGGCCCUCAAAGAGGGAGACGAGGAAGCGGCCAGCUCCCUUCGCCCCGCCCCUUGGGCUUGCUUGCUGGCGCCCGGCUCCUCAUAUCUCCUCGCGGCCCUCUCUCGGCUCCCUUGGGCUUCUGCUCCGGCUCGGCAGCGGCGGCUCUGCCUACAGCCAGCUAUAAAAAUUGCUGUGAGAGGCAGUGUUGAGUACUAAUUAAGAGUCAAGGUCCACCACUUCUGAGUAACCUCAGGCUUCAACCUUCAUGUCAUGGAUAUUGACUAUAGCAGCACAAUGUGAGAGCUGCUAAUAAAGUAGGAGACACAACUCUAUAUGAGGCAGUUGCAGCGGUGCAGAAUGGCUGACCUCAGUCUUGCAGAUGCAUUAACAGACCCACCUCCAGAAAUUGAGGAAGAGAUAAAGCGGGACUUUAUUGCCACACUGGAGGCAGAGGCCUUUGAUGAUGUUGUGGGAGAAACUGUUGGAAAAACUGACUAUAUUCCUCUCCUGGAUGUUGAUGAGAAAACUGGGAACACAGAGUCAAAGAAGAAAUCAUGCUCAGAUACUAGCCAAGUUAAAGGUACUCCAUCUUCUAAACCAACUGUGCUAGCCAAUGGUGAUCAUGGACUAGAUGGGAAUGAUACUAUAGGGUCUCCACCCAAAUUCUUUGAAGAGAAAAUGGCCUACAAUGAAUAUCUUAACAGGCCGAGCUGGCCAGAAGAUGCAGACUUUUGCUUCCAACCCGAACAAGUGGUGAAUCCUAUCCAGACUGAUCCCUUUAAGAUGCACCAUGAUGAUGGUCUGGAAGCUUUGCUCUUUCUCCCCAGUGGAACAACCAGUGCCUCAACAUUUACAGAACAAAAGGAUCACAUGAAAGACAGUUAUGGUAUGCCUCCCUGUGACACAUUUGCUCUAGCAACUGGUGAUAUACCUCAGGGAUGGUCUAUGGAAGCCCCAAACUCUCUACAUUCAGCAUCCUUCAUGUCUCCAGAGUCCGUCAUACAACCUCUAUGUCCCUCAGCAGAACCAGCUGAGCAGGUAGAAAUGACAUCAGCAAAUGAGAGGGCACCAACAGAAUCAUUGGCUAUAAUGAUGGCACUGAGGACUGCUGACGUGGCACCAUCUAGAGAAACAGAGAUGGCCCUGGCUGAGGAUGUGGCACCAGCAACAGAAACAGAGGUUGCAUUAGCUAAAGACAUGGAACCACUCACCAAAUCAGAUUUUGCACUGGUCACAGACAUGGAACCAUCCAUUGAAACAAAUGUACUGGCCAAGGACAUAGAACAAUCCAUUGAAACAGAUGUGGCACUGGCCAAAGACAUGGUACUACCCAUUGAAACAGAGGUGGCCCCAGCCAAAGAUAUUGUAUUGCCCACAGAAACAAAUGUGUCUUUGGCCGAGGACAUGGUACUAACCACCAAAACUGAGGUAGCUCCAGCCAAGGAUGUGACACUGUCCAAAGGAUCAGAAGUGGUGCCACCUAUGAAAAUGACUUGGGCCCCAGCUGAUGGCAUGGUACCACCCAAAGAAGGAGAGAUGGACCCAGCCAGGGGUGUGAUAUCACUCUCAGAAAUAGAGGUGGCACUGGCUAAGGACACUAUAUCAUCCACAGAAAUAUCCCCAGCCAUGCAGGUCACCUUGUCCCCAGAAACCAUGGUGGCCCUGACCAAGGAUGUGGUUCAAUCCCUAGAAACAGAGAUGGCCCCAGUCAAUGAUGUGGCUCCACCACCAGAAAAAGAGGUGGUCCCAGUCAAAGAUGUGGCUCCACCCCCAGAAACAGAGAUGGCCCCAGUCAAAGAUGUGGUUCUACCCCCAGAAACAGAGAUGGCCUCAAUCAAAGAUGUGGAUCCACCCCUAGAAACAGAGGUGGACCCCUUCAAGGAUAUGGUUCCACCUCUAGAAACUGAGGUGGCCGUAGCCAAAGAUGUGACUCUGCCCCCAGAAACAGAGGUGGCUCCAGUCAAAGACAUGUCUGCACCUCUAGAAACAGUAGUGCCCCUGGCUAAGGAUGUGGCUCUGCCCCCUGGAACAGAGGUGACUUUGCCCAAUGACAUGACUCCGGUCAAGGAUGUUGCACCACCCUCAGAAACAGAGGCAGCAUCCACUCGAGUUAAGGACAUGGAAGUUGCACAGAUGCAGGAAGGAAUAAGUGAGGAUUCCCAGUUAGAAUCUCUCCUGGAUGAGGAUCAGUCAGCUGCACUGACUUUCAUUUUACCAGAACCAGUCACAGCUAUGGGCCAGAAAUGCAACUUGCCAACGAAUGAGGAAUCUGCAGUGGGGAAACUAGAGCAAAAGAAACCGUUCAGUAGUCAAUCUCCUCAACUUUCUUCAGUGAUUUCAGCCAACUUCAUGUAUUGCGGUACAUCUACCACACAAACCAAACAAGUUCACAGAUCCAGUGACUGCAAGUCAGUCAGGUCCAAACCUGAGCUGCUGGGAGGCACUCCACUACAGAAGACUCUUGAUCCCAGGCUGGGAUCUUUGUCAGAGUUGGGUUGGGUGUCUAGUUCAUCUUCCUAUGGUGAGCCUGGGAACCAGAGGAAAACUAUUCAUCUUGACUUCCUUGAACCCCAGAAAGAUCUUGGCAGGGAGGCCUGGGAUGUAGAAAGCACACCAAUAAUGAUGAAGAAAAAAAAGAAGAAACAAAAGCAAAAGAGAUAUUCUCAACCCCGGGAUGGAGGACCCUGGUAUGACAAUGCAGAGGAACCUAAAGGUCAUCCCUUUGCAAAUGACUCACAAAAAUCAGGUGUUCUUCCCAGCCGUUCCACCACCAUGCACACAGAAUAUGGACUUGUAUCCAGAGAAGAUUUGAAAAAGGAAUGUGUAGUUGACUCCAGUACAGCCAAACUGGUAGCUGAUAACUUUGUCCCAGAGAGUCUCAAAGUUCCUUUGUAUCCUUCAGAAGAACCCUCGAAAACUCAAGUAAACUCUCCGCCCAAGUUGAAGGUAGAGGUGGAGGUCAAAGAUAACAAGUCAGAACCACAGAGCCAAGAUAAGAAAUUGCUGCAGCAAGAUGAAUGCAAACCACAGCCUGCACCCCAGCUGAAGACUCCUGUGGAUAAAAGCCAAACAAAAGACUCUUUCAGUCUGAAAGGACCCUUUCCAGAAGUUCCUGCACACCAAAUAGAAACUCCUUUGGAGAUCAGACCCAAAGAGGGUUGCUCCCCUAUUUUGGACCAAAAGAUUAAGGGUGGUGUUUCAAGACCCACAGAAGCAAAAGAUCUGUCUAAUUUGAUACCCACUUUGACAGCAAGCAAUCUAUUGGAAAGUAGUGUAAAAGAAGGGGAUAGUGAAAGUAAAAUGAAUCAGCUGCAGCAUGUGAAACAGAAAGAAUUUUCUGAAGGAGCUGAAGAGGUUAAAGAACUAAACAAAGAAGCUUUUCCCAAGCAAAAGCAAGAGAACAGCAUCUUUGCUUCUGAGCAGCUGCAGGACAAGGUAUUAGUUCAGGUCCCUGGGCUGGAGAAUGAACCAUUUAAGAGAAUGACAGGUGAUGGCAAAAGCAGGAGGGAAAGGGGAAGUUCUGGGAAGGUGAGAGCAAGUUCUGGGAAGGUAAGAAUAAGAAAUGAGUUGCCAUUUCUUCUGGACAGCCAGGACAGUAGAGCCGUUCUCAAGCCAUGUGAGCGAGCCCCCAAAACAGAAGGAGUGACUACAGAUAAGAGUGAGGAGCCAGAGCUGGAUUCUUCAAAGCAACCAGGGACCAUGGCUGAUCUCACAGAGGCAGUGGAAAUGGAGGAGCCUAAGGAGACAACUGACCCUAGGGUAGCAAGCACCUUGAAGGCAUUGAUCCCUUUGGGAAAUGAGUCAGGCAUGACUCAAACUUCUGGUGCUAGAACAGAAAGAGGAGCCAUGGCCAUAGAUAUGGGUGUCAGUAACCAGAGUAAGGAAGGAAAGUGUCCUCAGACAGAUCAUGAGGCAGCUCCCCGGAUUUCUGAAAAGCCUAAAAAGACUGGUGAUGGCAAAAAUAAAAAGUUUAAAAGUAGUUAUUCCACACAGUCUGCUAGAAUAGAGAGCAAGGCAGAAAUCCUUAAUCUACCGUUUGUAGAGAAGGACGGAAAUGCUGGUAAUAGUUCCCAUAAAAAUAAGGAGUUAGGGCUCAUUUUCCCCAUAAUUCCUGAUCCUUUGUUCUCAGAUACAUCGGAUACACCCACAGUGGAAGUAUUUGACAGAAAGAGUAGAAAUAUUGAGGUUAAUUCCUUUGAGCUUGGAGUUUUUAGGGGAAACAAAACAAACACAGGCAAGGAUUCUGCUGUUACUGAACCAGCUGCCAAAGUGACAGAUGUCAGCUGCCAAGACCAAAUCCAGGGGGCAGGAUUUGUUCCUUCAGUAUUAUCUGAGGAGAAUAGGAUAGAUGCAGCUAAGGCAUAUACUGCAGUGGCUGACAAACCAAAUAAAAAGAGUAAUAAUGGAAAAAGUAAAAAGGUUAAAAAUAAUUUUCCCAAGAAGCACAUUCUGGGGAAUAAGAUAGAUGCAGCAAAAAUACUUGUUCCCAUGGAAACCACAGGGGACCACAAUACUGAAGGAAUGGGCUAUGUGGACGAAAAUAGAAAUAUUACAUUUACCUGCCCAAGAACAUCACCAGAGGUGAUGAAUAAGUCAACCCUUAUAGAAGCUAAGAAAUCAGCAACCUGUGAAAAACUACCCACUCCUACUCCUCAAGUGGUAAAGGAAAGUGAUUCCUCUCCAGACAGUUUGGCAGGAAUUGGGCAAGAAGCAUCCCUGGCCCAUAUUUCCAAAUUAUUAGUGAUAGAUAACUACAGCAAAAAUGGAGUCUCAGGUCAAGGAAGACCCAAGAAUCCUUUGGCUGUUAUACCCUCUAUAAGCAUAGGAGUUGCCCUAACUUCUACAACAGCCACUGAAUCAAUUAGCAGUCAUGCAACUCACUAUCAUAAGAAUAAAGAUGAGCUUGGUGAUCCUAUGAAAAAUGAAGCAGGGAUAGAUGGAGGGUGUGUGGUAGGAGAAUCUGAGUCACUGCACAGUGGUGCAUCUGAGCAUUCAAUAGAAAAAAACAAAGAACCAGCAAAAGGCCAUGUUCUUCCUGGGGUACCAGUAGAAGAUCAGAGCCUAACAGCAGAGAUCAGAGUCCUAAAAGUAAAUGCAGAUAGGGAUAAUUUUCCAGCAUGUCCAGUGAACAAAGAGAAAGAGACUGAGGAAGGGUCUGCUCCAGUUCAAAUUUCUGACUUACUGGGAGACAAAGCACACAAGCCCAAUUUCCAGGAGGACCGAAAUGCAGAAGAUAGAGAUCCCAAGGGUCAAGAUAGUUUGAAUAAGGAGGUGGAUAUGACUCUUUUGCCUUCAAAAAGUGAAAAGGAUAAAUUGAAAGAAAUUAGUCUGGCUUUUAAAAUCACAGAAUUGGAAUGCAUUUCCUUUGCAACACCAGAAAUACAGUCAGAUUUCUUACAUGGCAAGGUUGAAGCUGCUCCAUCUGAGGUGGUAGAUAAGUCAGUAAUGACUGUUUCCAAAGAUCUUCAUCCCUCAGAACCCAAAGAAAAGAUCUCAGAGGCACCUCUGAAAAUAACAGAAAAAUCUGAAUGUAAGGCAUUGGGAGAAAGGAAGAAGGAAGAUAAAAACAGAAUUACAGAACCAAUGAAAGGCUACAUGAGACCUACCAAAUCCCGGGGAUUUAUUCCACCUUUGCCAAAGUCUACAAUCCAGGAACGGGAGAGAUCCAAGCAACUGAAAUCCAAUGUUUGCUUGAGCCCAUCAACUGUCUUCCAGCAGCUAAGAAUGUCAGUUUGCGCAUAAUUUGUCUCCCCUUUCGGAAUAGCCAAGCUAGAAGAAGGACAGCCUCCUGUAAGUGUGACUGGAAAUGACAUCACCACUCCUCCAAACAAAGAGCUCCCACCAAGCCCAGAGAAGAAAACAAAGCCUUUGGCCACCACUCAACCUGCAAAGACUUCAACAUCGAAAGCCAAAACACAGCCCACUUCUAUCCCUAAGCAGCCAGCUCCCACCACUUUUGGUGGGUCGAAUAAAAAACCCAUGAGCCUUGCUUCAGGCUUAGUACCAGCUGCCCCAUCUAAACGCCCUGCUGCCACCACUGCCAGGCCUUCCACCUUGCCUUCAAGAGACGGGAAGCCAAAGCCUGUUGCCGAGGCAAAGACUGCUGAGAAACGGGCCUCACUCUCCAAGCCAGCCUCUGCCCCGGCCUUCAAACCUGGCUCCAAGAACACCCAGACUGUCCCAAAAGCCACAGCAGCUGCCACUCCUGCCUCAGCUGGGCCAAGCAAUAAGAGCCCACCCAUACCCCUGCCCAAGAAGCCCACUGCCAUCAAGACUGAUGCAAAACCUGCAGACAUCAAGAAGAUGGCUACAAAGUCUGCACCAGCUGACUCCAGUCGCACAAAGAGCGCUUCCACCAGUUCUGUGAAGAGAAACACCACUGUCACCGGAGCAGCCCCCUCUCCAGGAGUGGCUGCCAGCCGAGUCAAGCUCACGCCCACACCUCCACGGCCCUCCAGGACUCCUUCCAUGGACAAGAAGCCCGUGUCAGCCAGGCCCAGCCCUUCUGCCCCCAGGCUGAGCCGUCCAGCUGCCAACGCUUCGGCCCCCGAUUUGAAGAAUGUCCGCUCCAAGGUCGGCUCCACGGAAAACAUCAAGCAUCAGCCUGGAGGAGGCCGGGCAAAAGUAGAGAAAAAAUCAGAGGCAGCUACUACAGCUCGAAAACCUGAACCUAAUGCAGUCACUAAAACAGCCGGCCCAAUUACGAGUGCACAGAAACCGCCUGCUGGGAAAGUCCAGAUAGUCUCCAAAAAAGUGAGCUACAGCCAUAUUCAGUCCAAGUGUGGUUCCAAAGACAAUAUUAAGCAUGUCCCUGGAGGUGGUAAUGUUCAGAUUCAGAACAAGAAAGUCGACAUCUCUAAGGUCUCCGCCAAAUGUGGGUCUAAGGCCAACAUCAAGCACAAGCCCGGUGGAGGUGAUGUCAAGAUUGAAAGUCAGAAGUUGAACUUCAAGGAGAAGGCGCAGGCCAAGGUGGGAUCCCUCGAUAAUGUGGGCCACCUGCCUGCGGGUGGUGCCGUGAAGACUGAGGACGGUGGCAGCGAGGCCCCUCCGUAUCUGGGUCCCCCUGCUGGGGAGGAGCCGGCCAUCCUUGAGGCAGCGCCCGAAGCUGGUGUCCCCACUUCGGCCAGUGGCCUCAGUGGCCACACCACUCUGUCAGGGGGUGGUGACCAAAGGGAGGCCCCUACCUUGGACAGCCAGAUCCAGGAGACAAGCAUCUAAUGAUGACAUUCUGGUCUCGUGUUCCACUCCCUGUGUUCCCCUUCUCGUCUUCCCUGUUACCCUUUCCCUGUCCUCUUCCUGUGUCACUGCAGAUUGAGACCUACAGGCUGACGUUCCGGGCAAACGCCAGGGCCCGCACCGACCACGGGGCCGACAUUGUCUCCCGGCCCCCCCCAAUUUUUGACGGUCCCACCUUGAGCACCCGGGGCUUGGCUCCCUCUCCCGGGCUGC